CCCACAUUCUCUUUCAUUCUAAGUCUGCUCGAACACGUCGUCUAUCGCUUUGUAACAAUGGCGCCGAAGGGAUUUUUCAUCGUUCUUUUGGUCUCUUUCUUUGGAUUGCAAGGUGCUAUGUCCUGCUUAGACGAUACCGACUGUAUCGAUAAAAACUGUUGUUCUGAUGGCAUUUGCAGGUAUUAUUGUUAUUCCUGCUCGAGCGAUUGGCAAUGUCCUGAUUCGGAGGUUUGCUGCGAUGGCGACUGUUUAGAUUCAUGUGUUUGGACGACAGGAAGCAUUGCAGGCGCUGUAAUUGGUACAAUAAUCUUCUUUGCUAUCAUCAUUUCCAUCGUAUCCUGCUGUUGCUGUGCCUGUUGUCCGUAUUACCACUAUCGUACGCCCGGUACUGUGAUUGUGACAAGCCAGCCGCCGUAUCAGCAAUUCGUGUCGACCACUAGCACGACGCAGCAACGAGUUGUGCAGUAUCCACCGCCUGGAAGCUACAACCAGCCUCCACCCGCUUAUCCACCCGCUCCAAACCCGUAUCCUCCAGCUCAGGUACAAGGACAAGCCGUUUCGAUGCCGCCUCCUGGACCGGUCAAGUACUGAGAUGUCUGAAGCAAGGCAACAUGAAAGCAAACAUCUUUAUCUUUGGAUUAAGAAGCAACUCGUUCAUAUAAAGACAUAGUUUAUUUGCAUGGUAGUGGGAAAUUUUGCGUAGAACUGUUAAUACACUAGAGUAGAAUUAGAGAAAAGUUAUAGCGCAUCGUAAGAUUCUGACACAACCGUCGAUUUCUCGACAUUAAGCUACAAUAAGCCCAUUUUACAGUUGCGUGCUUGGUUGCCAAGCUUUUGAACAGGAUCGAGGCUAAGCGUGACCUUGUUAUGAUACAAAGCUUGCUGCUUUUCAAAUAUAAAUUACUUUGUUAUCAUGCCAACUAGAUACUAAUCUUUAUCACAACGAGGUCACCUUCAGCCUCACUUCAACUCAAAGACUUGGCAACGAAGUAAAUAACUGUAAAAUGGCCUAUUUCCGCAGUAGAAUUGCGUGACAAGCAAAAUAAUCUUCCCGGAAGUUCGUCGUUUUGCUCAUUAAAAAUAAUGUCGAUACGAACGUUAUUUGUACUCUUAAGCGACUUUUUAUUUCGUGACAAAGUCACAACUAUAGUUAAAAGUUAGGAAAAUUAGUUUUAGAAAAGUUAAGAUUUCCAUUUUAACUCAAAGUAUUUUCAUUAUUUUGUUUUCAAAGUGGCAUAUGUAAAAUGUUUUUAAUUAAUUAAACUGAGUUGCGUUUGUGGA